UGCACCAAGAGUGGACAACAUCAAAGCCUUAGAAAGAGAGUUGGGAAGACAGAGAAGAGAAAGAGAAAAGCAAGCCCACUUACAUAGAUUGGGGCUUGAGAUGGAGAGAAACCCGAAUCAACCGGAAGGUGUCUAUGAAGUUGAUGAUCAUAGACAAAAUGUCCAAGGAGUUCCUCCUGGAGCUGCUCAAGAGGAACAUGGCCAAGGAGCUGCAAACCUUAGGCCUCAAAAUCAACAACGCCUGGGAAGAUCCAUUGGCACUUAUGAUCAACCUAACAUAAAUGGGAAUAGGUUGGGCAUUAGGGCACCGCCAGUUGCCAACAACAAUUUCGAGAUCAAGUCAAGCCUCAUCAACAUGAUUGAAAACAACAAGUACCAUGGACUUGCCUUGGAAGACCCACUAGAUCACCUUGACAGAUUUGAUAAGUACUGUGGCUUGUCAAAAACAAAUGGAGUUUCAGAGGAUGCUUUCAAGCUCAGAUUGUUUCCCUUCUCUUUGGGAGACAAGGCUCACACUUGGGAGAAAAACAUCUCAAGUGAUACUAUCACCACUUGGGAUGAAUGCAAGAAGGCCUUCCUCAACAAGUUCUUCUCAGCUACAAGGACUGCCAACCUUAGAAAUCAGAUCUCUGGUUUUCAACAAAGAGGACUUGAAGGAUUUUUAGACGCAUGGGAGAGAUUCAGAAGCUACCUGUCUCAAUGUCCUCACCAUGGCUUCAACAAUGAGAGCUUGCUAAGCACUUUCUACAGAGGAGUCUUGCCUAAAUUCAAAAGCCAGCUUGACACUGCAAGCAAUGGAAACUUCUUGGGGAGGACUGUGGAAGAUGCUUUAGAACUCUUGGAGAACAUGACACAGAGUGACUCUGUCUACAAUGAUGAAUAUGAUAGAAGAGACAGAGGUGGUGGAGGAGAAGAUAUGACCACAAAGAGAGAGCUGAAAGCACUUCAAGACAAGAUUGACAUGCUACUAUCAGAAAAGACCAAGAAAGAGGAGUUACAUAUGGUUGCUGAAGUUGAUAGAGUAGAAUGCCAAGAAGAUAUGUACUAUGUCAAUGCUCAGGGUACAUGGUACAAGAAGGAGCCUGACUAUCAAUACCAGAACAACUACCAACAGAAACCCUUCUACAACAACCAACAGAAGCCAUUCAACAACUACCAGCCAAGACCAUUCUACAACAAUCAGCCUAAGCCAUUCUACAACAACAACCAAGGUGGUUACCAACCCAAACAGAACUUCCCUCCUGGAUUCUCACCAAAACCAAGUCAACCUGCACAAGACCAAGCUGGAUCAUCAACACAACCUCCACAAGAGAGUAGUACUGAAGCUAUGCUGAAACAAUUAUUGGAGGGACAAGCAAGAAGUGAGAAACAAUUAGGGUAUGAGCUGAAAAAUCUCCACAACAAGAUUGAUGGGAAUUACCAUGAUCUAAACAACAAGUUCAAAGCCUUGGAGAACCAGUUUGUCUCUAUGACAGCCAGCUCAAGUCGCCAACAAGGUUCCCUACCUGGAAAGCCUGAACAAAACCCAAAGGAGACAAUAAAGGCAAUCACCCUAAGGAGUGGAAGAGAGUUGCCUCCUAAAGUUCUCAUUAAGGAUAAUGAGAAACAAGGUGGGGAGGUGGUCAUCAAUGUAGAUGAUGAUGUGGUGAUUGUGGAUGAGAAGACUAAUGAGGAAAUCUUGGAGAAGAUAGUUGAAGCUAAGGGCAAGAGAAAGAUUGGAGAGGAGAAAGUUGAGAACAAAAAUGAGGCUGCUACAUCAACAAAGGAGAAAUUGUUCACUCCUCCUCCCUAUGAGCCAAAGCUUCCCUUUCCUGGAAGAUUCAAGAAGCAACUCCUAGAGAAGUACAAAGCCUUGUUUGACAAGCAAAUGAGUGAAGUUCAUCUCACCAUGCCCAUAAUUGAUGCAUUUAUGCUGGUUCCACAAUACAGCAAGUUCUUGAAAGAUGCUGUAGAACAAAAGAAGAAAGAGAUGGAAGGGAUGGUGAUUCUUACUCAUGAGUGCAGCGCCAUUAUUCAGAGACUGACUGUCCCAAGGAAGCUAGAAGACCCUGGUAGUUUCACCCUGCCAUGCGCCAUUGGACCUUUGACAUUUGAGAGAUGUCUAUGUGAUUUGGGAGCAAGUGUCAGCCUCAUGCCACUAUCCAUUGCCAAGAAGCUUGGGUUUACACAAUAUAAAAAGUGCAAGAUCUCUUUGGUGCUAGCUGAUCGAUCUGUCAAGCUCCCCAUUGGCAUCCUAGAAGAUCUUCCUGUCAAGAUAGGAAAUUGUGAAGUGCCUACUGACUUUGUAGUGCUUGAGAUGGAUGAAGAGCCUAGAGAUCCUUUGAUCUUUGGAAGACCUUUCUUGGCAACUGCUGGAGCAAUGGUGAAUGUGAGAGAUGGCACAAUUGAUCUCCACCUUGAAAAAGAUCACACUCUCCAUUUUGAUAUCAAGGAGAUGAUGAAGAAGCCCACAACUCAAAGAGAAAUAUUCUACAUUGAUGAGAUGGAUGUCUUGGCUGAUGAUUUCCUUGAGGAGUUAGCGAUUGAGGACUCUCUUCAACAUGCCCUGACCAUUGAAAGAGAGACCCAAAUGAUUGAAAACAAGGAGAGUGAUGAGCUAGUAAGAAGGCUAGAUGUUCACCUUGAGGAGGAUGGAGAAGAUGAGUUCAUGGAGUUGCCACAAGUGACUCAACAUGCUGCCUCAGCAGACAUUCAAGAGAACCUCCAUGAAGCUGAUUGGAGUGAGCUCAAGGCACCAAAAGUGGAGCUUAAACCUCUUCCCGAUGGUGUAAGGUAUGCUUUCCUUGGACCUAAUGAGACAUAUCCUGUCAUUGUGAGUAGUGAGCUGACUGAGAAUGAAUUGUCUAUGCUUUUAAAUGAACUUAAAAAGUAUAGAAAAGCACUAGGAUACUCACUUGAUGACAUUAAAGGAAUCUCACCAUCUUUGUGCAUGCAUAGGAUACAUCUAGAGGAUGAAUCUAAAACUUCAAUUGAACACCAAAGAAGAUUAAAUCCUAAUUUGAAAGAUGUUGUUAAAAAAGAGAUAAUCAAAUUGUUAGAUGCUGGUGUGAUCUAUCCUAUCUCUGAUAGCAAUUGGGUUUCACCUGUGCAUGUAGUUCCUAAAAAGGGUGGCAUAACAGUUGUUAAGAACGAAAAUGAUGAGUUAAUACCAACAAGAACAAUAACUGGACAUAGGAUGUGCAUUGACUAUCGAAAACUGAAUGCAGCCUCUAGAAAGGAUCAUUUCCCUUUACCAUUCAUUGAUCAGAUGUUAGAGAGGCUAGCUAACCAUCCCUAUUAUUGUUUCCUUGAUGGAUACUCUGGAUUUUUCCAAAUCCCUAUACACCCAAAUGACCAAGAGAAAACGACAUUCACUUGUCCUUAUGGUACCUUUGCAUAUCGAAGGAUGCCAUUUGGACUGUGCAAUGCACCAGCAACAUUCCAAAGAGCAAUGAUGUCGAUUUUCUCUGAUCUUAUUGAGGAUGUAAUGGAGGUGUUUAUGGAUGAUUUUUCUGUAUACGGUUCUUCGUUUGCUACUUGUUUGUCAAAUCUUUGCAGGGUAUUACAGAGAUGUGAGGACACUAACCUGGUGCUCAAUUGGGAGAAGUGUCACUUCAUGGUCAAGGAAGGGAUUGUUCUUGGACACAAAGUUUCUGAGAAAGGAAUUGAAGUGGACAAAGCCAAGAUAGAUGUCAUGGUUGGUCUAGCUCCACCAAGAACAGUGAAGGAUAUAAGAAGCUUCCUUGGCCAUGCUGGUUUCUACAGAAGGUUCAUCAAAGACUUCUCCAAAAUAGCUAGACCAUUGACCAAGCUGCUGUGCAAGGAGAUCAUCUUCAACUUUGAUGAAGAAUGCCUAGAAGCCUUUAAGAAGCUGAAGGAGGAGCUCACCAGUGCCCCAAUAGUUCAACCACCAGAUUGGAGUCUACCCUUCGAAAUCAUGUGCGACGCCAGUGACUAUGCUGUGGGGGCAGUCUUGGGGCAAAAGAAGGACAAGAAGACACAUGUGAUCUACUAUGCUAGUAGAACACUUGAUGAUGCCCAAAUGAAGUAUGCCACAACUGAGAAGGAGCUGUUGGCAAUUGUCUAUGCCUUCGAGAAGUUCAGGAGCUACCUGGUAGGGUCUAAGGUCAUUGUAUACACUGAUCAUGCUGCACUACGACAUCUACUAGCCAAGAAGGAUGCCAAGCCAAGGCUGCUCAGAUGGAUAUUAAUACUACAAGAGUUUGAUCUCGAAAUCAAGGACAAGCCAGGAGUGGAGAAUGGUGUAGCUGAUCACCUUUCAAGAUUAAGAGUGGAGUGUGGGAUUCCUAUUGAUGAGGGACUCCCUGAAGAGCAGAUUAUGGCUAUAGAAGCAAUGGUCACAGCUUGUGAGACUGGAAGGAAGAUUGAAGAAAUGAAGGCAAUUGAUGAAACAGGCCCAUGGUAUGCUGAUCUAGUGAACUACUUGGCAUGUGGAAGGGAACCAUUGAAUCUGACAGGCUAUGCAAGGAAGAAGUUCUUCAAGGAUGUGAAGAGAUACUACUGGGACGAGCCUUACCUCUACACUCUUUGCAAAGAUCAAAUCUAUAGAAGAGUAGUAGCUCAAGAGGAGGUGGAAGGAAUCCUCACACACUGCCAUGGAUCAGCCUAUGGAGGUCACUUUGCCACCUUCAAGACUGUCUCCAAGGUGCUACAAGCAGGAUUUUGGUGGCCCCAUAUGUUCAAAGACACACAAGAGUUUGUGUCAAGGUGUGACCCAUGCCAAAGGAGAGGGAACAUCACCAAGAGAAAUGAGAUGCCUCAAAAUCCUAUCUUGGAAGUGGAAGUGUUUGAUGUGUGGGGCAUUGACUUCAUGGGACCAUUCCCAUCUUCCUAUGGUAAUGAAUACAUUCUUGUUGCUGUGGAUUAUGUCUCCAAAUGGGUGGAAGCUAUAGCCAGCCCAACCAAUGAUGCUAAGGUUGUCCUCAAGAUGUUCAAGAGCAUUAUCUUCCCAAGGUUUGGAGUCCCAAGAGUUGUGAUCAGUGAUGGAGGCACCCACUUCAUCAACAAACUUUUUGAGAACCUUCUUAAGAAGAAUGGUGUCAAGCACAAGGUGGCAACUGCUUAUCAUCCCCAAACAAGUGGCCAAGUUGAGAUUUCCAACAGGGAGAUAAAGUCCAUUUUGGAGAAGACUGUGGGGACAACAAGGAAGGAUUGGUCUACAAAGCUUGAUGAUGCACUUUGGGCCUAUAGGACUGCUUUCAAGACACCCUUGGGAACCACUCCCUUCAAUCUUGUCUAUGGGAAAGCUUGCCAUCUGCCAGUGGAGCUUGAGUACAAGGCAUUAUGGGCUGUUAAGAUGCUGAACUUUGACAUCAAGAGUGCCAAAGAGAAAAGACUUUUCCAACUCCAUGAGCUUGAUGAGAUUCGACUUGAUGCUUUUGAGAACUCAAGGAUUUACAAAGAAAAGACCAAGGCAUUCCAUGACAAGAAGAUCCUGAAGAGGGAGUUCAACAUUGGAGAUCAAGUGUUGCUCUUCAACUCUCGAUUGAAGUUGUUCCCUGGAAAACUUAAGUCAAGAUGGUCCGGCCCUUUCAAGAUCAAAGAAGUGAGGCCAUAUGGAGCAAUUGUGCUUUGGAACAAGACCGGUGGGGACUUUACAGUGAAUGGCCAAAGAGUCAAGCUGUACAUGGCGGCCACACCUGAGAAGGAAGGAACCUCGGUUCCACUUACCGAUCCCAAACCAGCCUAAACCAAAAAGGGGUAGUCAAGCUAGAGACUUAAAACAAGCUCACUUGGGAGGAAGUCCCACAUCUAUCCCUAUAUAUAUUACUGUUUAACUUGUGUGGUUUUUCUUUUGUGUGUUUGAUAAGUGUGUUUAAAAUUUUCAGGUGAUUCUCCACUUAAUCAAAGAAGAAAGAUGGCCAUCCAGCAAACCUACAAGUGUUAAAAUUAUUCAACUCCAUCUAGCAACUCCAAGCUAAGUGUCUCUACAACCAUUGGAAAUAUAUAGUUUUCAUGUUUGUUUCUUCUAGACCUCUUCUUUCACCUUGCUCUCACACAAGAGACUGUGUGAAGUAAGUGUGGGGGGGAGAGUCUACUUAUCUCACAUGUUUUCUGUUUUGUUUACUUGUCAUAAGCAUUGCAUAUCCAUUUGCAUAGAAAAUCCAUAAAAAUUUGCAAAAUUCCAAAAAUUACAAAAAAAAAAACAUUUAGUUAUAUCAUUUGCAUCUUUAGGUUUGAGUCUAGAUCAUAUAGAAUGCAUAGGUAAAAUCCUUACAAAGGACUCAUGCAAUGAACUCAUUGUUGAUACCCUUUUGAAUCAUAAUAAGUAGCUUGAGCUUCUUCUGAAUUUCUUGUAGACUUCGAGCCUUGAAAACUCCUCUUAAGACUCAUUGAAUCUUACUCUUUGAAACCAACUCCGAUCUUAGUUGACUUAAAUGAACUUAAUGCUUCUUGCUUAUGGUCUCUUGAGUACUAAAUCAUGGCUUUACACACACUUGAGCUUGUAUAAACCGUUUUACCAAUCUUUUUGACAACUCAAGUGGUAGUCCAUACCCUAAACCCUUCCCUUCUUUCAAACCAUCAUUAAUUGUUGAGUGAGGUCUUUUUGUGAAAGCUUGUCAUGUGCAAAAUCUUGAAAGUAUUAGGAGCGACAUUGAUUUGUUCUCAUCUCUUGCUAGCAUUAGGACCUCUUUUGGGCUAGCAUCUAGGAUGGUGGUUGGAAUGAUGUGCUUUAAUUAUUUUGAUCUUGGGGAUUGAAUUGGGAAAGAUUAUGUAAAGGAAAUGAAUCAAAAAGUGUGUCUAAAACAACUAAAAAAAAAAAAAAUUAAGAAGAUAGCUCAGAUUGUGUCAAUAAAAACCCCAAAAAGAAAAAAAAAAAAGAAUGGGGAAAAGAAAAUUUUGAGCUAAGAUACAUAGUUGUUAAGACAAAGAAAAGAAAAGAGUGUUCAUUGGGUAAGAGAUGAAAAUGGGUGUAUAUUUGGGAUUUGAGAUGAAGAAAAGAAAGGGUAGAACUUAAAAAUUGUCUAGGAAAAUGGUAGAAUGAUGAGAACCGAUUUAUGUAUGCAUUAAUUGCUUCUUUUCUUAGAUAAAUUUUGCAUAAUGAUCAAGCUCCUAUUCUUGAGUGUAAGUCACCAUAGCAAAAAGUAUUUGGACCCUUCUCAUUCUUCACAUUAAGCCAUUUUUUCUCACCAAACCAAAUGAUUUGGACCAAUUGGCAAUUUGCGAGAAUUCACUUAUGAUAUUUCUUAUUGAAUGUGAGAGUUGGUUGAUUUGAGGAUUCAUGAUAAUGAGUUAAAAGAUCAAAGGAAUUGAUAGGCCUAGAGAAGUUAGAGCUAAUAAAAACAUUUUGCUCUUGCUAUUUGGUAUGAUUUUGUAAGGAUAUCACAACGAUGGCAUUGAAGAGUUUCUUAAGGUCAUGAAUUUCCAUGUGUGUAUUGAAACAUCACUUCCCAUGUUCUUGAAAGUUUACUUGAGGACAAGUAAAGGACUAGUGUGGGGGAGUUGAUGUGUUGUGAUUUUGCAUAGUUUUAGCUUUGUUAUUUCAUAUAUAUUCAUGCAUUAACCUUACAUUUAUUUGCAUUUAGAGUCUAUUGCAUGUACAUUUGCAUCUUGUAGGUGUUGGAUGAAUUGUUUGGAGUUUUGGAGGUGAUUAGAGCACAAAAGGAGCUUUCGAGGAGUCUUGAACCGAACGUGUGAAAGACAAGCAUGGAUGAAGGUCUUAAAGAUAUCUUUUGAAACUUGUCUUUUGGGAAGACAUGGUAAAUUGAGUUAGCUUUACAAUGGAGGUGGUUUCAAGUCGUUUGGAGCUGUAUUGAGGGAUUUAUGAUCAAAAUACUACACACAUAUCAGUGUGUGCAACAUGGAGAAAGUGGAGAAAACUUUAAUGAGUGAGUUUUAUCUCUUUAAAGCUUGCAACAUGGGGGAUGGGUUGUCUAUCAUGAGUUUGGUGGUUCUUUUGGCCUAACUUUCUCUACCUUUUCUGAAGAGGCAAGACUACUUUGGCCAUAUGAAGGGGCAAAAGGUGUUCUAUAAUGGAAGAAAGUGGAGAAUAACUUUUAUGAGUGUGUUUUAUGCUUUAUGCUUUCACAUGAUGGAUGUGUUGUCAUCCUCCUUUACUUAGGCUAUAAAAGAGACUGCAAGGGGAAGGAGGAAGACACAAUACACAGAGUACAAUACAACAAAGAGUAGAGAGUGAAAGUUUUAUAGUUUCAUAUUUUGUAUUUUGAGAGUUUGAGAAAAAACAUUUGUUCUUGGAGUGUUCUUGAAGUUUAUGUUAUAAAGUCUUGUUUUCCUUUAGCCAUUCUCUUCAUCUAAUUUCUGUUUUUUUGUUUUCAUAUAUCAUAUCAUCUUGGUUAUGCUUCUAUCCAUCAUGGGAUUAAGUGUAAACAAGAUGAUUAGUGAGUAAUCACCCUUAGGAUCAAUGGGUUAGGUAGAUUAAUGGGUGAUUAGGGAAGAGUUAAGGUGUUCUAAUGCUUAAAUGCUUAGAUUUCUAUGCUUACUAAGUAUUCUUAAUGCUAGAUUAAUUUUGGCCAUUUUAAUUUAGAUUCUAAGUGUUUGUAGGGCAUCGAAAGUGUUUGCAUAAUGCUUGAAUGGACCUAGUAAAGCUCUAGCUUGAAUAACCAAGGAAUUGUUGUUAGGAUUGCUAGAUGGUUAGUAGACUAGAACUUAAUGUAUGUUUGAGUGAACAAAACGAACGGAAGUUGAUGUUUAGUUCAUAAUUGCAUAAGGGUUUCUACCACGGGAGUGGAUUAAUCUAAAUUGAAUGAAAUCUAGACCUAUAGAAAGUUAAGAUUAUUUGAAGUUAGACGCCUUGAUUUAGAACUAUCACCUUGAAAUCAAUUGCCUAUAUACCCAUUGGUUCUUCUUUGUUAUAUUUGAAUUAAAACUCAAGUUAUUUCGCACUAUUACUUGUUACAAACAAACAUCAUUUGAUUGCACUUAGAUUGAGAUAAAUGGCUUGCAUUCUUAGUGCUUAGAAUCACUAGAGAUUGGAUUGACAUCUUAAGUACUACAACACUUAAGGAUUAAACUUAUCUUUUAUCAGUUUCCCUCAUAGCAUUGGCUUUGGGGAUCAAACUUUUGGAAGUUAUUUCAAUGACAAAAAAAAAAAAUCCUAAAUUUAAUCUGUCAAGUUAAGUUAAUUUGUUGUCAGAAAAUAAAAUAAAAAUUUCUAUCGGAUCUCAAUUAAAUUUGUCGAACAUCAUGUACGUAAGUCAGUGGAAAAUAUAUCUAUGCAAUCCUAUAUUAAUUUUUCAAAAUUAAGUAUUUAAAAUUAAGUAUAUAUGUAGCCAAAAAAAUGAAAUCCAACGAAUCUUAAUUAAAUAAUAAAAAUAAAUAGAUUUUUGGUUAAAUAUUAAAAUUUUAAUAAGGAACCGCUAGUUGCAAAGAAGGAGAAAAUCGCAGAUAAAAAAAAGAGAGAAGAAACAAGAAAAGAAGAAAAUGAAAUAAAAAACUUUUGGCAGCUCUCUUUUAUUAGAUUAGGUUAAGGAAGAAAAGGGUAAAUAUGUAAUUGUAUUAAUUUACGAAUUAAAAAAAUCAAUUUAUAAAUAAAAUUAGACAUGGUCCUUUGAAGAUUGCUCCUUGAGAUAUAGGGCUAGGAAAGAUAAUGUUCCGUUGGUGUCUCGAGCUUUCAUCCAACGAGAAGACGAUGGCCAAGACACAGCAAGGGAGAGGUGAUGAUGGAGGUUUCUGCUGAUGGAGAAGGUUGAUCGGUACUCUAUGGUGGAAGGUCGCAUAUCGAGUUAGCCAUGUCGAUGGAGGUGAAGCUAGGGAAACAGAGGGCUCACCGCGAGUUGAGAGCACUGAUAAGGACUUUAUUUAAAUCCAAGUAUCGAAUCAAUGUAGUAUUUAAGAGUCAAUCCAAUUCUAAAUGGUUUCAAUGCAAAGAUAAUACAGGUUCAUACUUAAUCUAAGUGCGCUCAGUGUAAUGAAGCGAUAUGAUUUAACUAACAAGACUCUAAGACAAUAAAUUAACAAACUUUCAAGCAAUAGGAUAAAGGAGGACUCAUGAGUCUAGGAAUUUGACUUCAGAUUAUUAAACUUCAAUCUAGAAUGGCAAGGUAUCAAUCAACAUAUUCCCUUAAGUCUAGACAACAAGGCUAAACAAGUUCUUUGUCAAGAUAAAUGUUCAUUUAGUUUCAUUGAUCAAACAUCAAAUGCCUUUGGUUUGUGUCAUUCAAGUAAUCGUUAAGAGUGGGUCUAUUAACUAUCUAAGCUCUCCUAACAUCAAAUGCCUUUGGUUAAGCUAGCAAAGAGCAAGUUGAGUUGGCUCAGACAUUUCAUCAAACACCUCCCGGGCAAUGAAAUGUCUAGAGUUCUAAUCUAAAGAGGUCAACUCUAAACUAGCAUUAAGAUUACUCAAACAAGCAAUUGAAUAGAUUAAUAUAACUCUAAACACCCUAGAUCAUCAUUUAAUUAUCCUAAUCAUCCUAACCCAUGAAUCCAAAUAUGACUACUCACUCAAAAUCAUUGGUUGAUUUAAGACCAAACAUGAUUAAUGAUCAAGGUAAUCAAGCAAACACAAAAGAAAUAGAUCAAGAUUAAAUCUUUAUCUCCAAAAUGGUUUUUUAUUUGAUAAAUAACAAGAUAUCCUUCUAAAAUUCGGUUUACAAUAUAUUUAUACUAGCUUAAAAACACAAGGAUAAAAUGGAAAAUGAUCUGUUUCGGAUGACGGCCUCGACCAUCUCUAGCCCGCGAAGUAAGCCCGCGAAAUCAAGUACUUCGAUCGCGACUAGGCCUGGGCAUAAUAUCCGUAACCCAAAAUCCGAACCGAACCCGAACCAAAAAACCCGAUCCGUAUCCGGUCCGAAAUGUAAAAAAUAUCUGAAUGGAUCUUGUAAGGUGGUACAAAACAUAUCCGAACCCGAAGUGUUAUUAAACGACCUAGAACGGAUAACCCGAAAACCAAAAAAUCCGAAAAAAUAUCCGAAGAAACCGAUCCGAAUGUCCCAAAUAAUAUACAACUAGGUUAAGACCCGCACCUUGCGCGGGAUCAACAUUAUAUAUAAAAAUUAUUUUAUGUAUUAAAUAUUUUUACAUAUUAUAAAAUAAUUAAUAUAUAUUAAAUAAUUAAAGUUCAAUAACUAUUAAAUAUACAAUUAAAUUGGUGCGAACAUAUAAAUUAAUUUUAUUAAUCCAAAAAAUAUUUUUUUUAUAUUUGAUAAGAUAUGUAAUUAAAUUUAAAUGAUACUAACAUAAAUAAUAUAUUUUAGUAUAUUUUUAAUAUUAAUAUUUAUUAAAUGAUGAUUUCUACUCAUAUAGUUUUUUCGAUCAUUUAUCUUUUUUAUAGAAAAAAAUUUAAAUUACUGAUAACAAAAUUUUCAUUGUGGGAUUAAUAGUUUUAGUAAUUUAUAAUUAAAAAAAAAAGUUGUCAAUGAUCGUUCAAAACUUUUAUCAAAAAAAUUGUUCAAAGUAAAUUUUGAAACUAAAAUAUUGUAUUUUAUAUAGUUUAUAGUUUAAUUUAAAAUGAUAUAUAUAUAUCAAUCUUAAUAAUUAAUUAAAUUAGACUUUUUACUUAUAUAAUUUUUGUAUUCAUUUGUAUUUUGUCAUAACAAAAUUUUUAAACCAUGGAUCAUAAAAUUUGAAUGUGAGACUCUUAACAGUUUUUGUAAUUUAUAGCCGUUUGUAAAAAUUCAAAAUAUAACAUAUACAUAAAAAUCUAAAUUUUUAUUAUAUGGUUAUUGUGGUUGUUUAAUUUAUUUAAUAGUUUAAAAUUAAACAAAUAUGAUAGAAGAUAUACUAUUUUUUUAUCAAAUCUUUAUUAUUCAAAAUCAUUAAUUGCCAUAUAUACUUUAGCCACAUUAGGCAAUUCCGUAAAUUUUAUUUAAGGAAAUAAUAAAGUACAUUAAUGAUGAAUUUAUUGUUAGUUUAAUAAAAAUCUUAUUAUAUAAUUAGAUGGACCAACAUAAUUCUCUAAUGAUUCUAAGAAUCAUUCUAGUGAUGACAUGUGGCUACAAAAAGAAGUUGUAAUGCUUCUCAAAUAAUAUAUAUGGGAUAUAAUUAUAUGAAACAUGAAUAUAUACUUCAAAUAUUCAAUUUCAUAUUUAUUUUGAUAUGUUAUCUAACAAUAAGUAUUUAAAAUUUAAAUAACUACUUUAAAUACUUAAUUAUAUAUAAAUAAAUAUAUAUUUCCUAUGUUUUACUUUUAAAUUUUAGAUUUUAUUUCGGGUAUAUCCAAACCGAUCCGAUAUAACCCGAAUCCGAAUGAUAUAUGAUUACUUUAUGGGUUCUAUGAUGUGAUACAAAACCGACCUGAACCCGAUGUGUUAUAUCCGAACCCGACCUGUACUUGCAAAUUUACUAGAAUAGGACCUAGGAGGUGUUAUAAAAGAGAACCGAAAUCUAAAAAAUCCGAUCCAAACGCCAACGGGUACCCAAACAUCCAGGCCUAAUCGCUACCCACACAUCCCGCGGUAUCACCUCGCGAAAUGGCCUGGUCGGAUUCAUCGUAACACGGCCGCGGCCUGCCUUCACCUGCGACGUCUACCCGCGGUUCUCCCUGGAGCUCUCUGCCACGAAUCCGCGGUGAAGCUCAUCCCGUGUCUGUGGUCCGGGUCCGCUUCUUCCCAUGCUCGAGUCUCUGCCAUGUUUCCGCGGUCGCAACCAACCCGCUGUGUGAGUCCGCGGCGUCUCUCCUAUCCACCGCAGCCAAGCUCAGCCCGUGUCGUCAACCAGUCGUGCUCCACCACAAGAUCUCUGGUCCAAGUCGUCUCUCCUCUGCCAAGCUCAAACCAAGCCGUAAAUCUACUUCGUCUUUGUCCUAGUCAUCUUCGCCGUGCUCAGUCGUCAUGCUCAGCUCUGUCAUGGUCGUGCUCUCAGCUUCACUCCGUCGUCGGGGAAGUCGCAGUCUUCUCGUAGCGGAGGAACCACGAAGCAACAUUGGUGGAUUUUGGACUUUUUACACAUCUGGCCCUUUAUCUUUUCGCUAUGUAUGAUGUGACCCCAAAACUAUUAAAUUUACAGACAAGUCCUCUCGAA